AUGACAGUCAAACCUUCAAUCUCUCAAUUGCGAAUAUCAUUGAGAACUCACACCUCAGUCUAUCCUACCAGCACAACACGAUUUUAUGCCACACGUUCCGGAAAUGUAUCUCCCUUGGCCCACUUACCUAAACGACCUGGAAAUUCGAAAUGGAUCAACUGGAAAACAACAGCCUUGUUUUUUAUAUUGGGUUCAUACUUAUCCUACAACGAAACACUUUUCAACUAUUACGAGAAAUACACUCAUAUCGACGAAAAUGACCCACAGAAUAAGUUUCUUCCCUUGAAAUUAGAGCACCAGUUAAAGAAUCUUGCCAUCUAUCAGAAACUAUCCCAUCCAAAACAUGCACAUCAAUGGUUCAAAUUGCUGAGCUGGGAGAAUCUCGAUCGUAAUUUGUUGGAUAAUCAAAAUGGUAACAAGGCUGAUUCCAGCUCUACAAACAGUGGUGAAGCUGAUCUCAAGAAAAAUGAUGGUGACGAUGAAUUUCGUGCAUCUGCGAAAAUCAAGACUCAGCAAGAGUACCAUACUCCUGAGCUCACAAACCAUACGCUUCAAAAACCAGGAGGAAUCCUCAUCAAGCCAAUAAUAUUUCACAAUAUUGCAACCGAUGAAGGAGUAGCCAUUGUUCAUUGCGGUUAUAGGCUCUGUGGAUAUCCAUUUAUAGUCCACGGUGGAAUCAUUGCAACUUUAUUGAAUGAAACAUUCAAAAGGAAUGCUUCUUUGAAUCAGCAUACUAAAUCGAAUCUUAAGGAUGAUUAUAUGGUAGAGAACCUUACUAUCAACUACAAACGGCCAACAUUUGCUAACCAGUUUUUGAUUGUAAAAACCAAAGUAAAAGAAGGUGGGAAAUUGGAUAAGCGGACUGUAGAGUUGGAAAGCACGCUUGAAAAUAAAGAUGGGAAAGUGUUGGUGAAAAGUACUGCAUUGUUAAGAGAUACAGGACGUGCUACAAGACAAAGCGAAGAAGCUGAAGCCAAGCGGAAUAAAAAAUGGUGGUCAUGGUGA